GAAUUUGUCAGCGUACAGAGCAGACUGCAUUGAUCGGUUGAUGCGAGAGGGUUGCGACUUGGAUCCUGUCAUCGGAGACACUGAAUCGGAAAAACUUCUUCAAGAUCAAGAAUAGUUUUCAAGGACACAGGUGAACCCUUAUGAUACCACGAUGGGGGGUCGAAAGAGCCUGUUCAUCUUCCUGAUGAGCCUGGCGUGGAAGUGCCGCUUCAGCAUGCCGCUGCUGCUGAGCGGCACCGUGGCGCUGCUGGGGCAGGCCUGGAUGUUCCAGAUCAGAGUGCAUACCGUGCAUCGCUUGCAUGAGAAUGAGCUGGCUUACUACGAUGAGUAUGACGACGAUGACGACGACUCCUGGGAGACAGAGUCCACGGACUCCUGGGAGACCAUCGUGGAGGAAGUGGCUUACGGGUGACGGGCUAUAGACUGUACUAUAUAACGUAUAAAACUAUAUAAAGAUAGAGAACUAUGUGAUAUUAUUUUGUCAUAAAUCAUGAUGAAAAGGCUAGAAUAUAAAUGUUUCCAACUAAUCAAAUCAGCAACUCUUUAUCAAACGUAAAACGCGCGCUAGUAUGGGAGCUUGUAUGAAAUAGUGAAAUAAUUUAUUUUUCACAUAGGUGACAUAUUUGGAAACUAUUAAUAGUACCAUAGGAAGUGUCUAGAUGGCCACAAGCGGUCUUUUCUAAUAAUUCUUUUUUUUAAAUGAUGAGUAUUUUUUGAUGGAGAAAGGUCUGAUAGCUGAUAGAGUUAUUGCUUAUAACCUACAGUUAAUGUAACAAAGCAGUUUAUCUCCUUUAUCUCAUGAAUCCACUGGGUAGGUACGUACAGUCGAGGACAUAAAAUUUAUAUUAUUUGUAAAAAUUAAAUCUAGAGUUUCUUAACACAAACUUAUUAGUUUGCGUUGAACCUUAUUAGGUUCAAUUUUUAAUACAACUUAAUGCCUAUCUAAACACUUUAUAAGUAUUAUCUUACAAUAACUUCGAUAUUUUGAAUAUCUGUGUUGUGCUUUUUGGUUCAAGUUAUUCACAAAAUGAGUAGGGAAUCAAUCGGAUACAUACAAUUCCUACCCUAGAAAAAAAACCGAAAACUGCUCGGAAACAUCUAGAUUUUUUUUAGUUUUAAUCGGAACGGUACUUAAUUUUUCUGUAUUUUUUAUUUUUAUGUGGAAGAUAAAGAUAAUUAUAUUUACUCCAGAUAGGCCAAGUUCAUAUAUUGUAUUUUAAAAAUUGAAGACAAAUUCGUAAGCUUGUGUGUGUGUGUGACACAUAUAGUGCGUACAUUUUGAGAUCUCACUCGUCAUUUUACAUAUCAAAAGUACGGUUUGACUAAAAUCGUAUUUUUGACAUGACAUUGCAUACAUUGCAAACUUUUAUCGUUUUUGCUAGCGUUCUGUUACCACUCUAUAUAAAUCUUUGCGAAAAAUGUCAAAAUAGACAAAAGUUAACUACUUACUCUAUUUAGUUAGUUAGUCUAUUUUUUAUUCUCAGAGACCAAAAUGACACUUAGAAAUGUCUAAAAAUGAUGAUUCAAGCCCAACAAUGACAGUGCAUGUUGUCCUUCAUUAAUUGACCUCAGGAAUUUUUCAAUAGUAGGUAUGUAAAACUUUAGGGAAGGCCUAUGUCCAGCAGUUUUCGUCCACAGGCUGAUGAUGAUGAUGUAAAACUUAUAAAUUGAGAAUCAGCCCAUAAUUUAUUUCAUUUGAAUCGGAAUUAUUUUCAUACAUCGGUAUCAGCUGUUAAUAGUUAUCGGUAAGUAUCGAUUGCACCACAUCACUAUCAAAGAGCCGUAAAAAACAGACAACACAUGAAACGUCAUUUUGGUCUCCGAAAUUAAAAAAAAAAAACUAUAGAUCAUACUGAAUGUAUUUUAUUUAUCUGUGGUCAAUAGUAAUAUAACCACUUGGGGCUGUGUAAAAUAAAAUAUAGUUUUUAAUA